AUGAGCAACCUGCCAGUACGCAACCUGUAUCGCCCCAUCGUCUUCGUCGUUGUCAUCAUCCUCAUCCUUACGUCCUGGAACCGCAACGGCGCCCACCGAGACACCAUGGCCCAACAACAGAACCACCCCGCCGGCGCCGUGCUAUCCAACCUCGCCAUCCGCAUCCGUCAAGCCUCCACGUCGCCUCCCACGCUGGCGCUCUCGGUGACCAACAACCAUGACGCCCCGCUCACCAUCCUCCGCUGGAAGACCCCGCUCGACCCGCUCGCCAUCCAGCUCGGGGUCCUCUCCAUCACGCCCGAGGGCAAGAGCGAGCCGCUCGAAUUGCCCACCGUCGAGCUGCGGCGGAUCAUGCCGCCGCCACCGCAGGACCUCAUCACCCUCCAGCCGGGCGAGCGCAGGGAGCAGGAGGUGGUCCUGAAGGAGCCCAUUGUGGCGCUCGAUCAGCUCGGCAAGACGGCGCGCGUGGCGGUCAAGGGCAAGUGGCAGACUGUGUGGCCCACAACGGCGGACAAGCUUAGCCAAGAGACUCUCGAGAAGCUGCAAUUCGGCGACGGCGUCUUGACGGGUGAAUUCGAGAGCGAGGCGGUUGAUGUUACUAUUUCGUAA